AUGUCUCUGGUAGACCAAGUUGUUCUAGCGCAACAACAAAGCACUAGCUUAGCAAUAAGCACAGUAACAACGGUGAGCGCAGCUCUUACAACAACGACUACAACCACGAACUCGGCACCAGCCCAAGCCCAGCAACGCAGCUCAGCGCAAGUUGACCUACUUAAUCCAACAACCCGUACAUUGACUCAAACGGGUAUUGAUAGGUAUAUCUGUACAAGUCAAACGAAAAUUAAGCAACAAAAAAUUGCAAAGACGAAAACCACUGACAUUAACCCUCUACUGGGAAAUAAGUUUGCGAUUCUGGACAAUGAAUGUGACAAAGAGCCGAAUGAAGUUUCUAAAGCCAAACCCAAACCGCCCCCAAUUUAUUUACGAGAGCAAAACUGUAGUGAGCUCGUGAAUAAAUUAACUCAGCUUAUUGGAGACAAUACGUUCCACGUAACGUCAAUUACCAAGGGCAACAUUAAAGAGACCAAACUUCAGAUUCUAACUGAAGAAAAUUACCGGUUGGUAACCAAAAACCUUAAUGACGAUAAGAAAAACUUCUAUACGUACCAGCUCAAAAGCAGCAAAGGACUGCAAGUAGUAAUAAAAGGUAUAGAAUCAAGUGUACCCAUUGGUGAUAUUGCUCAUGCUCUAGAGAAGGCAGGAUUCGCUGUUAAAAAUGUUGUCAAUAUUAUCAACAGAGCAAAAAUCGCUCAGCCUAUGUUUAAGAAUAACGGUCCCGUACAGUGCACAAAUUGUCAAGAAUUCGGGCAUACCAGAACAUACUAUACCUUGCGUCCAGUGUGUGUUGCCUGUGGCGACCUUCACACUUCCGCUUCUUGCAAGGCUAUCAAAGCUGAUGUGGCUGUAAAGAAAUGCAGUAAUUGCGGAGGUAACCACACCACCAAUUAUAGCGGAUGCCCUGUAUACAAAGAGUUAAAGUCUCGCAUGAAUCAGCGCAACACAGCCGUACGCUCUUCCACCACUCCAACUAGCUCUUAUACAUACCAACACCUCACGCCAUCAACCACUACACCAGGAGCCUUUUUUGCCAAUGCGCAGCGAGUACCCAACGUUUCUUUUGCCGACGCAUUAAAACUACAAACGCAGCCAAGCACGGCGAAAUCAAACUCCAAUCAAGAAAUAUUUGCAAAUAUUCAAAGGAAUAAUACUGAGCAAAUGCUGCCGAACCCACCUACUUGUGGCAUAGAAGGAAUGAUAUUGAAUCUUACUUAA